AUGUCCGCAGAUCGUGAGAAUGGGGCUAAUGCCCCUGCCUACGAUGCCGACAAUGUUACCCAACAUGUCGUCCUCAAUGAAAAGGCCAUGAUGCAGGCCGAGAUGGACAAGGAGAACCAGAUCACCCCCGAUGGUGGUGAACCUACCCUCUCGGAGAAGACUUCCCUGCGUCAUGUCGCUGAGAACCUUCCCCUCUCCGCGUGGUUGGUAGCCAUGGUCGAGCUGUGUGAACGUUUCUGCUACUACGGCAUGUCCGGUCUGUUCCAGAACUAUAUUCAGCGACCUCGCGAUGGCAGCAUGGGUCGUGGUGCCCUUGGUAUGGAUCACCAGGGUGCCACCGGUCUCGUUACUUUCUUCCAGUUCUGGUGCUAUGUUACUCCCAUUUUCGGUGCCAUCGUUGCCGAUCAAUACCUCGGCAAGUACAAGGCCAUUGUGGUCUUCUGUUUCGUCUACCUCGUCGGUCUCCUCAUUCUGGUCUGCACGUCUAUUCCCACUGCCCUGGACCAUGGCGCCGGUCUCGGCGGUUUCAUCGUUGCUAUCUUGAUUAUCGGUAUCGGUACCGGUGGUAUCAAGAGUAACGUGGCACCGUUGAUCGCAGACCAGUACAAGCGGAAGAAGAUGGCUCUCACCACCACCAAGAAGGGUGAGCGCGUCAUCAUCGAUCCCGCCCUGACCAUCCAGCGUAUCUACAUGAUCUUCUACGCAUGUAUCAACGUCGGCUCACUCUCCCUCCUCGCCACCCCCUACAUGGAGCUGUAUCUCGAUUUCUGGCCCGCCUACCUCCUCUGUUUCUGCAUGUUCAUUGUCGGCACGAUGGUCAUCAUCCUCGGCCGCAAGACCUACGUCGUCCGCCCACCCCAAGGUUCCGUCAUCACGGACGCUUUCCGCGCUCUCUGGAUCAUGCUCAAAAACCGCAACAUGGACGCCCCCAAGCCUUCAUGGCAGAGCGCGAACGGUGGCACCGCCGUCAUCAAAUGGAACGACCAGUUCAUCGAGGAGUUGAAGCGCUCCUUGAUCGCCUGCCGUGUGUUCUGCUUCUACCCCAUCUUCUGGGUUGUCUACGGACAGUUCUCCGGUAACUUCGUCACCCAGGCCGGUCAGAUGCAAAGUCACGGCAUCCCCAACGAUCUGAUGCAGAACUUCGACCCUAUCUCCAUUCUCGUCUUCAUCCCCGUCCUCGAGACCUGCGUCUACCCCAUCCUGCGUCGCCUGAAGAUCCCCUUCCUCCCCAUCACCCGUAUUUCCCUGGGCUUCAUCGUCGCCUCGCUGGCCAUGAUGUACGCCGCGAUUGUGCAACACCUGAUCUACUCCGCCGGACCUUGUUAUGGUACCCCGCUCUGCGAUGCAUCCAAGAUCGACGGUGUUGCCCAAGGUAACAAUGUCCACAUCGCCAUUCAGACCCCUGCCUACUUCUUCAUGGGUAUCGCCGAGAUUUUCGCCUCGGUCUCUGGUCUCGAGUACGCCUAUACCAAGGCGCCACCCAGCAUGAAGUCCUUCGUGCAGUCGAUGUACCUCCUGACGAACGCGUUCGGAUCCGCCAUUGCCGAAGCCCUUACCCCCGCACUCUUCGAUCCCGCCAUCAUGUGGAUGUACACCGGUCUGGCCGUUGCCUCCUUCUGCGUCGGUAUCAUCUUCUUCAUCGUCUUCCGCCACCUCAACGCCAAGGAAGAUGACCUGAACGCUCUGGAUGCCGAUGACGAAAUGCCCGACAGUCCUGUCGAGUCACGACGCCAGUCGAGGGCUGAAUAA